CAGGGGGCGGGCGGGGGCAUGGGGGCGGCGCCGGCGCCGGCGCCGGCCACAGCGGGUUCAGGAAGGAAGCGAAAGCGGGUGGGGGUCGAGCCGGCGGGCGGUAGGUCUGCGGGGGGGCUCGGUGACGGGAGCGGGGGCCUGGCCAUGGAUGCUACCACGCUGGAGCUGGACGCGGUGAAGUUCGCGCAGCUGGCGGUGCAGCGGGACCACAGCGGGCGCUACCAGGAAGCGGUCUUUUACUACAAGGAAGCUGCACAAGCCUUGAUUUAUGCUGGGAUGGCAGGGUCAAACCUGGAAAAUAUUCAAGAAAAAAUAAAUGAGUACUUGGAGAGAGUUCAAGCCCUCCAUUCAGCAGUUCAGUCACAGAACACAGACCCUCUGAAGUCAAAGCAACAGUUGGACUUGGAGCGUGCUCACUUCCUAGUUACGCAGGCUUUUGAUGAAGAUGACAAAGGCAAUGCAGAAGAAGCUAUAGAGUUGUACACAGAAGCGGUGGAACUCUGUUUGAAAACAGCUACUGAAACUUCAGAAACCGGCCUUCAGUCAAAACUAAAACAGCUGGCUCGACAAGCACUGGAUAGAGCAGAGGCACUUAAGGAAUCUAUGUCAAAGUCAUCUCAGAAGGAGAAGUCAACUGUAGUUAAACCGAAUCAGCCAGUCAGAACAUUCUUUCCAUUGGGACCUGAUUUUUCUUUAAAUGAUAAACCACAGACAAUCAGAGCAGUACAAGCUAGUGAAUCUCAAGGUCAGAGAUACACUGCAGAGGAGAUUGAAGUACUCAGAAAGACUUCGAAAAUUAAUGGUAUUGAAUAUGUCCCAUUCAUGAGUGUUGAUCUGAGGGAACGUUUUGCCUUCCCUAUGCCGUUUUCUGAUAAAUGUGGCAAGUUACCAUUAUCCCCCAAACAGAAAGCAAUGUUUGCCAAGUGGGUGCGACCAGAUGAUCUAACAAAUAACCCUACGAUGAUUUAUACUGUAUCAAGUUUCAGCAUAAAGCAGACAAUAGUGUCAGAUUGUUCGUUUGUGGCAUCACUAGCUAUCAGUGCAGCAUAUGAAAGAAGAUACAACAAAAAAUUGAUUACGAGUAUAAUUUACCCUCAGAAUAAGAAAGGUGAACCAGAGUAUAAUCCAUGUGGAAAAUACAUGGUGAAACUUCAUAUCAACGGUGUUCCUAGAAAGGUUAUCAUAGAUGACCAGUUACCUGUUGACCAUAAUGGAGAACUUCUCUGCUCUUAUUCUAACAAUAAAAAUGAGUUAUGGGUAUCAUUAAUAGAAAAGGCUUACAUGAAGGUAAUGGGAGGAUAUGAUUUUCCUGGAUCAAAUUCUAAUAUCGAUCUCCAUGCACUGACUGGUUGGAUACCUGAAAGGAUUGCUAUGCACUCUGACAAUCAAGCUUUCAAUAAAGAUAAUACUUUCAGAAUGCUUUAUCAGAGAUUUCACAAAGGAGAUGUUCUUAUUACAACAGCAACAGGGGUGAUGUCUGAAGAGGAAGGAGAAAAAUGGGGUUUAGUUCCAACCCAUGCAUAUGCAGUCUUGGAUAUAAGAGAAUAUAAGGGCCUUCGAUUCCUUCAGUUGAAAAACCCUUGGAGCCACUUACGUUGGAAGGGACGAUACAGUGAAAAUGACACACGAAACUGGACCCCAGAUCUACAAAAAUACUUAAACUUUGAUCCUAGAACAGCUCAGAAAAUAGACAAUGGAAUUUUCUGGAUUGCUUGGGAAGACCUGUGCCAGUAUUACGAUGUUAUUUAUUUGAGCUGGAACCCAAGUCUUUUUAAAGAAUCUACAUGUAUUCACAGUACUUGGGAUGCGAAACAAGGUCCAGUGAAGGAUGCCUACAGCCUGGCCAAUAAUCCUCAGUACAAGCUAGAGGUCCAGUGUCCACAGGGUGGUGCUGCAGUCUGGGUUCUGCUUAGCAGACAUAUCACAGAUAAGGAUGACUUUGCACACAAUCGGGAGUUCAUUACAAUGGUUGUGUACAAGACUGAUGGCAAAAAAGUUUACUAUCCAGCUGAUCCUCCUCCAUAUAUUGAUGGUAUUCGGAUCAACAGUCCCCAUUAUCUGACCAAGAUAAAGUUGACCUCUCCAGGGUCCCAUACGUUUACCUUAGUGGUGUCCCAGUAUGAGAAACAAAACACUAUCCAUUACACCAUCAGGGUGUAUUCCUUGUGCAAGUUUACCUUUUCCAAGAUCCCUGCACCUUACACUAUUUCUAAACGGGUUAACGGACAAUGGAAAGGUCACAGUGCUGGAGGAUGUGGAAAUUUCAGAGACAGCUACAAAAACAAUCCCAUUUAUCAGUUUCAGCUGGACAAGAGUGGGCCAUUAUUAAUUGAACUACGGGGACCAAGGCAAUACAGUGUUGGUUUUGAACUUGUCACUGUCUCAACAGUAGGAGAUCCUGGUUCCUCUGGCUUUCAGAAAAAGAAUAGUGGUGACUACAGGUGUGGAUUUUGCUACUUGGAAGUGGAGAAUGUACUUGCUGGAGUUUACAACAUCAUCCCCACCACCUUCCUGCCUCAACAAGAGGGUCCCUUUUUCUUAGACUUUAACAGUGCUACCCCUCUUAAAGUAUCACAGCUUCAGUGAGGAGACAGAUCUCUGUGUUAUUGUUUAAGGAGGUAGUUAAGAUCUAUGCUACAGCCUGAGAACAGAUGAUUCCACAUGCAUAAAAGAAAAUUGCCCUGUAAGUAAUAGCCAACAGCAUGGAGUCACCGCCUUGUCAAUUAAUUGCAGUAGACAGUUACCUGUGGUUUUUGCUGUUCUGGUAUUAGAGUGAGCACUGUUCAAGAGGUUUGUGAACAUACUAAAAUGCUUAUAUUCAAAUGAACAAGUAAGACUUGCUUUACUCAAAUUUUUCAUGCUUCCAAUCAUACCCUGGUGAGUUAAGAGAAAAACUAACAUUGGAAUUGUCUUCUCCUCAACUACAAGGUAUAUGGGUUUAAGAAUUUAUUCUUAAAAAGUAAACCUGUAAGAAAAAAGUAUUCUUGUGUAUUGCGCUUAUUCAGUUUCAGGACUGAGAAGUAGUAAAAGCUAUUUGUGCUGCUCUCCUGAAUGUUUUCAGAAUUGAAGCAGUACUCACAUCUAAAUGGUGACUUUACCAUUGCUGAGCAUGUACUAUUCCAGACUGCCACUAACAUCUUCAGCUUAUCUAUAAUAUGUACAUAGGAGUAAAGCAAGAGGAGCCUAUGUGAGGACUUAGGGAGUGUUCCAGCUUUAGCUAUUUCUAAGAGAAAAUUAAUGGCUUCACUCAUAUUACAGGUAGUUUCAAAGCUGUUAUUUCAUGCCUAUAUUAUUUUAAUACAUAAUAAUCUUAGAGCACAAGGCACUCUGUGGCUCUCUUGUCCUGCUAGCUUUAAGAACUAUGUUGAUACAGAUCAGCAUUAAAAUCAGGGAGAGUUAACCAGCAGUGCAAUCCAGGCAGGAUAAUGUGCCAGCACACAUAGCAGGUGUGAAAGGCUUUCAUCCAAAGGUGCAUUAUUCUGUCUACUGAAGUAGUCUCAUUUGUUGACGCUAAGAGUUAGUGAACUAACCACCGGCACCAUCCUAGCAAAGAAAUAUUUGUAAAUGCUGAGCAUGUAUAGGAAGGAUCAUCUAAAACUCUUCCCCUAUAAACUACACCUGCAAGUACUGUGCUUGCUAGUCCAGUGACACGUGACCAUCUCUUUUAAAAGGUACCCUUUUCUGUUAUAUUACCUUAUAUUUACAUUAUUUUCUUCUACAUUUUUUGUUUUUGAAUAAACAAAUGGCAGACAUGUAACUUCACAGUAUCUGACAGUUUGGGAGAGAGGGUGUCUUUAAAAUAGCCCCAAGAUGUUGUCGUUCAGGUUUGUUUGGCAGUUUACCAAGAAAAAAGGUAGUUUAAAUUUAUUUUUGGAGCACAAGUGCCAUUUGGAAAUUGGGGAAGUGUGCACAUGCUACAGAAGUACUAGAAAGUUGUGUGGUAAAGUUAUUCCUAUAGAAGUCUGCUACUGCCCCUGUCUCAGAAGUACAAGAUCCCUUUUGUUUCAUCUCCAUCAUUAGGCAGCUGAUUGACAAAUGUGUAGCUUGAAAAGAACAUUGAAAACACAUGCUUUUUUGACUGCAGUUCUCUCAAAGACCAUCUGGGUUAGGAAGUUCAGGACAAGUUUGUCACAGUGCAUCUUACCUUCUUAUAUAGGAAAGUUUCGGAUUAUUGUAACAAAGCAAUGCAGGAACAGCAUGGGCAUGGGCUUUUUGGAGGUAGGGUCAGUUGCCUCAAGGACUGUUCUCUGCUACAAAAUUAAAAUUUCAUUUGCUUCACAACACUUUUCCUAUAAAUGUGUGUUAAGUUUUUAGCUCAGGCUGAACCAGAGUGGCAAUACAAUCUUGUAUCUGUUUUAUCACCUACAAAAUUAAAGCUGCAGAGGUAGUUAUGUCAUCUAAACUGCAUGUAUUCUGACAGUACAAAAGGCAGAUGCCAACAACUGCCAACUUUCAGAACAAAGUACUUGCAUAUCCUCUGCUGUCUGAGGUCAAGCUAGUAAGACUUGUCUACAGUAAAAGCUGUUGUUCUGUAGUUAAUUUCUACUCUGCAGUAAGGGUUUGGUUUCGUUUUUAAAAGACAGUCAAGCACAGCCAAGUGCCAAAGCUCAUGCUGGUAACUUAACUUGAAGAUGAAACAAGCAUGAAACUUAGCUUCCAUACUGUAGCACAAGUGUAUUUUUAGUACAUACUGCAUUGUUUGCAAAAGAAAUGAAAAGCAAGGAAUGUACUCACUUUCCUAAUGCCAGAGAAAGGCUGUUUGCACAAGGCUACAAUAAGACUUCUUUCUUACACAGUACAGUCAGUGAAUUGGGCUCAUCAUCAUAACUAACUGUAAAGGAUUUAAGUUCAGGAUCAAUACGAUAUCCUUUAUAAAGCAAGUCAUCUUCAAAUACUGCAGCCUCAGAGUCUAGUCUCUGCAGUUUCUGGUUGUGACAAAGUAAUUUUGGAACAAAAUUUUCUUGUACACUUUUCUUACAAAAAAAAUUGUUCACAUAAGCACUUACGCUUCACUUUACUGUUUUCUGUCUAAAUAUUUACUGCUAUCAUUUUUUUCAUAAAUCCAGAAAAGUUAUUGGAGAGUGAAAUGACUGAUUCUUAAAUUAUAAUACGCUCAGAGUGUGUACGCUGAGCUUUUCUUUGCCCUUUACGAUUUAGUGAGUUGGAUCCAUAACACAAGAGAAUAUUACAUGCUGCAUUAAGCCCUGAAAUGUUGCAUAGCAAGACUUUUACAAAGGAAUAAGGCCUGUGUGUACAAAAAAAAAAUUGAAAGAGCUGCACAAUAACAGAUCAGAUUUUUUUUUACAAAGUCACAUAAGCAUACUUCCAGUUGGAGGACUGUAACUCUUCAGGCUUAAGUCUUCUCUGCCUGUAACCAUGCUAUUGAAGCUUUUAAAAAUUAAAAUACAAAGCCGCUCAGAAUAUACCAGCAAGCAAACUGCACCCUUCAGUUGUUGUUUGUCACGCUGUACAGUUCCGACCACUGUCUAAGCUGCAGAAUGGUGGGGAUAAAUGACAAAAUGAAAGCCAGUUGCUACAGGGCCUUUGAGAGGAUUUACAGUUUCUUUGCUUCACUAGGGGAAGACUACGACAAAGAAAUGAUUUUUGCAUUUCUCUGCAUCACUGGUGCUGAGGGAUAACUGGCAAUAUAUCCUCUUCAUAAGUUUUCACAUUCUCCUUAUUUAUGCACUGCAAACCUUUUCCUGUGUUUUUUAAUCCUACCGUAAAGCUCCAUGCAGGAUACCAUAUGCUGCUGUUCUAUAGCUCAGGGUAAGAUUUCCCCCAUGUUUUUUUGUUUUGUUAGGAAGGCAUGGUGCUAGUCCUUAGUAAAUCCAAUCCAUCAGUCUCAAAGACUUGCUGAGAGUUAGUACAUGGAUGAAUCAACAGCUUCUAUCCCAUCUGCCCCAUGAUCCUAAGAUUCAGUCCUAGUUCUCUGAUGCAAGUUUCAUGUACUUAUUUUGUACAGCGAUUCUGCACCUGACCAUGCCAUAAAUAAGGUGUUUGAACAGCCAGUUAUUUCAAAUUAAGUUUGUGUACGUAUAGUAGCAGUGUUCCUCAUUUAGUCAAAAAAUGACAUUUAAACGGUGUGAUAAUGCCAAAGAAUAGAAGAAUUCCUGGAUUAACAUUUGCUUUAUAGUACAUUCUCACUUUAGGACAACUGAAGUGAUCACAUACACUUUAAUACAUCAGAGACUUAUUUUUAUACCUAUGAAGGUAGCUACCAUCAUGUUACACUUCUUAAGAAUUCUAACAGAAAAGUAACUGGAAAGAGCUUACUCAUUUUCCUGUAUUCCAAAGUGAUGUAAGUUCAUUUGUCAUACUUAUCAUUAUGGCUUUUAUGGAAGUUCAAAAUAAAAUGAGUUUUCCUUUAAUUUA